GCCCGCCGCACGCUCGUCCGAACAUGAUGGAGCGCCGCCUGCUGUCAGCCGGCCUGCUGCUGCUGGCCGUGCGGUUCGCCGCGCCGAUCAACCCCGGUCGCGACCUGGUGGUGCACUACUGCUGCCCCGACCUGGCGCUCUUCAACACCACCUCGGGUACGUGCGACACGCGGCAGACGGACGCCGAGUGGCUGCCGCCCUGGACGCACCGCAACGGCAGCCGCAUGACCAUCGGACCCGGCACCGUGUACACGCUCAUCAUGGGCUACCCCAGCUGCGGCGCCUUCCUCUACCGGCCGGACAAGUCGCCGCGCGAGGACGACUUCCUGGCGCUGCCCAGCGGCGACCUGUACUUCCCCUUCUACAACACCACCGUCCCGUCGGACGAGUCGUGCAUCGUGGAGGUGGCCGGCGCCGCCGACCGGCUGCACUUCGCCGUCGUCUGCAUGGACAGCAUCAAGCUGCCCGGCCCCAAGAAGGAGGGUCCCGUCUCGCAGAUGAUCAGGACCUGGGUCUACCCGGGCACCAUGCUCGUCAGCGAGGUGUUCAUCGUGCUCACGCUCAUCACUUACGCCCUGCUGCCCGAGAUGCGGGACCUGCAGGGACGUACCAUCAUCUGCACGCUCAUCUCGCUCUUCAUGGCCUACCUCAUGUUCAUCAUAGUGAACGCGGCCAGCCACCAGCUCGGCUCUGGAGCAUGCCUCGGAUUCGGCCUGUUUCUGCACUACUGGAUGCUGGCCUCAUUCUUCUGGCUGAGCGUUGUGUCGCUCACAGUCUACUACACCACCAGGCGCUGGGGCGGCCGCACGCUGGAGGAGGAGCGCCGCUGGUUUAUCUACCUGAGCGUGUUCGGCUGGUGCGCGCCGCUGCUGUUCACGCUGGCCGCCGUCAUCGUCGACUUCAGCCCCAGCACGUCCGAGUACCUGAUCCGGCCGCACAUCGCCAGCACCUCCUGCUGGUUCGGCAAUCGGAACGCGGAGUUGGCCUACUUCUUCGGUCCCGUGACGCUGCUGAUCGUGGCGAACGUCGUCCUCUUCGUCAUGAGCGCCAUCAACAUCUACAAGAAUAUGGACGGAGCGCAGAAGCUGGAUGACGACGGCGAGCACAAGGGGAAGAGCAGAUUGAAGAUGUGCUUCAAGGUCUUCUUCGUCAUGGGUAUUACCUGGGUGUUCGAGGUGUUACAGUUCUUCAUCAACGAUAGUACCGAGAUCUGGAUCCUCUUCGAUAUCCUGAACAUGCUGCAGGGCUUCUUCAUUUUUGUAGCGGUGGUGCUGAGCGACAAGAGAGUGCGCCAGAAGCUGAUGGAGCGGCUGGGCCAGCUGGGUUGCUGGAAGCAGAAAGCCAAGGCCACCACCGACAUUACCCGUCUCGACGAAGAGAUCGGACAAAACCGAAGCAGCGAGGAAGUGUUUUGAGCCCUUGGCGGCGCUCCGUUCUAACCACCACCGACCACCAGAGACUUUGCCGACCCUGGCUUGAAGGGAAGGACAUGCGCGUCAUGAACUGAGAGUCGCGCUCAAUGCGACCGAUGCGAUGCCAUGCGAUCUUGAGUGCCGAGAGAACGAACUCCAGUGGGGACACCUGCCGGGCGGUAUUGCGAUCGCGUUUCGAUUCGGCGCCACCAGAGUGGCACCGGCACAUCAGCACCAUUUCGUGGCCGGACUCGGGUCGCGAGGGGCUGUUCGUGGUGUGACGUCACGGCCGUGUUCAGACCACGGGUGCAAGGCCAGCGCCGGUGGCAAGGCGCACGAACUUCGCACCCUGUGACCAUUGCGGCGCAGGUAGAAUCGACGCCGGGUGUCGGCGCCUGCCUGCACGUGGGCCGGGCGGUGGUAGCCUGGGCUGGGCGGAGGGCCGGAACGCGGCUCCGGCGGGCUCGGGCGAGUGCCAUCUAGCGGGCGCAGCGAGAAACAAGCGGGCGCCCCGGAAGCGCCAGGUGGCCUCCGCUCUCUAGUGCCGCUCCGAAUCGGCUGACGCGCGGCUGGGCCUGAAACCGUGAUCAUCUUCGCCGUCCGAUGACCUGCUGUAAGCGGUCAGCGAUUCAGUCCCACCCCAUUGGAACAGAGUGGGGUUGAGUCCUUCGGUGACUGCAUGUGUAACAGUUUGUGAGAGUGCGGGGAUAAGCCAUUAAGCGUAAGACAUCUAGUGUUCGUGUCUUAUGGACGUCAAUGUGAUUUCUUUGCCCGUUUAUCCGUAAAUCCUUUAUGGUUUAGCUGCAAAUGGUUGUAAAUGAUGGGGUCUGUUUCAUUUUGUGAGUGUGUUUCCGAUGGUAAACACAAAAUCUUAUCUGUAUCAGCAAUAGAGAAGAUUUACACAG